GUAACACAAUAAAGUGUGCUUCCUUAAGCCACUAGGUUUGUGACUUGCAACAAUAGCAACAAAAGGCAUGUAAGAUAGAAGGAAACCAUCUACCAUAUGUCUAAUAAGAGAAAGAAUAGAAGAAACACAAUGUUUUUUAAAUGGCUGAGGAUUUUGCAGAAUUGAAGACAUGAAUCUUCAGAUUAAAGGAUCACACAAAGGUCUGAAUGUGAUCAAUAUAAACUAUUUAUAACCAUAAACAUUAUAGUGAAAUAUCUAAGACCUAAAGUCUUAAAAGCAAACUGAACCUCAAGCACAGGCAAGAAUAAGACAACCAGAGCUCUCUUUCUGGGCAGGUUACAAAUGUCAGUGGUCAACCAAUGCUAUCAGUAUUCAAAGUCAGACUCUAGGUGUGGCCCAUGUGCCUGUAAUCUGGACAUCCUGGGUCCCAAUACAUGCUCAGAGAAGAAUUUAGACAAAGGAGAUGGAAGGAAGCUGUUUCCACAGGGAGAGAUUUCCUUUCUACCUUGUUCUCAGUCUUCUGCUUCAAGGAAGGGGCAGUACUUUCACCAUCGAUUGCUCAGGGUUUGAACAGCAUGGGGUGGAUCCCUCUGCUCUGAGUGUGGUGUUUGACAGAAAGGCCUUCCGUCCAGCCACCAACCUCAGUGUCCCCACUCGAGUCAACAUCUCCUUUACAAUGUCUGCCAUCCAAGACGUGGAUGAACAGCUACAGCUCUUGUCAUCGUUCCUAUGGCUGGAAAUGGUCUGGGAUAACCCAUUUAUCAGCUGGAACCCAAAGAAGUGUAAGGGCAUCACCAAGAUCAGUGUGGCGACCAAGAACCUAUGGCUCCCAGACAUUUUCAUCGUUGAGUUCAUGGACGUGGAUAAGACCCCUCAAGGCCUCAUAGCAUAUGUAAGUAAUGACGGUCGCAUCAGGUAUAAGAAACCCAUGAAGGUGACCAGCAUCUGUAGCCUGGACAUCUUCUACUUCCCUUUUGACCGGCAGAACUGCACCCUCACCUUCAGGUCAUUCCUCUACACAGUGGAUAACAUGUUGCUGGGCAUGGAGAAAGAAGUGUGGGAGAUAGCAGACACGUCCCGGGACAUCGUUCAGACCCAUGGAGAAUGGGAGCUCCUGAGCAUCAACAAGGCCUCCCCAAGGAUAUUGGUGGGAGGCAACCUAUACGAUCAGAUCAUGUUCUAUGUAGCCAUCAGGCGCAGGCCCAGCCUCUACAUCAUAAACCUCCUGGUGCCCAGUGGCUUUCUGGUUGCCAUUGAUGCUGUCAGCUUCUACCUGCCGGCAGAAAGUGGGAAUCGCGCCCCAUUCAAGAUAACCCUCCUGCUGGGCUACAACGUCUUCCUGCUCAUGAUGGAUGACUUACUCCCAACCAGUGGCACCCCCCUCAUCAGUGUCUACUUUGCCCUGUGCCUGUCACUGAUGGUGCUCAGCCUGCUGGAGACCGUCUUCAUCACCUACCUGCUGCACCUGGCCACCACCCAGCCCCCACCCAUGCCGAGGUGGCUCCACUCCCUGCUGCUGCACUGUACCUGCCCAAGGAAAUGCUGCCCCACUGCGCCCCACAAGGGAAAUGAGGCCCUGGGUCUCCCCACCACCCAGCUGCCUGGUGUGAAGGAGCCAGAAGUGUCAGCAGGGCAGAUGCCUGGUCCUGGAGAGGCAGAGGUGGCUGGGGGCUCAGGAUGGACAAGGGCCCAGCGGGAGCAGGAGGCCCAGAAGCAGCACAGGAUGGAGCUGUGGGUGCAGUUCAGCCACAUGAUGGACACCCUGCUCUUCCGCCUCUACCUGCUCUUCAUGGCCUCCUCCAUCCUCACCAUCAUUGGCCUCUGGAACACCUAGCCGUGAUAUCUACCUGCUCCUUCAGAUCCCAGCUGCUUCUGGCCUCCCGAGACCAGCCAGGUCUUCACCCUUUCCCAAGAACCAACUGCCAUAUCCCCAAAGAUUACCAUUUCCUUGCUGUAUUCCAUGUAUACCAAUCCAGCCCUGCUGGUCAGUCUCCUCCAGUCCCAGACAUUUUCCCCUUGGUCCUGCAUUCUGUUGGCUUCCCUCAGUCCUACCAUGUGGUUCUAGGACCCCUUUAUGUCUUCUGCAUAGCAGGUUCUACCUCCUUUGCCUGCUAACUUGUCCCAAUAAAUCAUUUUACAGAGA